AUGGAAUCAUAUUGGAAUGAAAAUGGAAAAAGGGUUAGACAGCUAGACUGGCCAAACCAAAGAAGAUUAAAACUCUGUAGCAUCGAUACUAGUAUGGAAGAUCCUCAGCACAUCUACAUAAAUAUAAGAAAAUCACAACUUAAAGAUUUGUAUGAGCGGGAAUUGAACUUAUAUAAAAGCCAAGAAAAAAGCUACUAUAUUUCCUACAAAAUAUGCGAUAUAAUUGAUUCACCUUAA